AUCAACUGAUUUGAGCAUAUCUUCCAACAAUUUGUCAAACUCGCACAGGGGUUCAGGACUUUCAGAUUCUUUCCCCGGCAUGAAAGCCAAACCUGACCUGUAAGAGCCACAAAACCGAUCACAGUGGUAUUCUAUACGCCGAUUCGCGCAUUACCAACGGGUGGCGCCUGAGCCUGUGUAUAUGCAUAUUUCGAAAUUGUGCUUCGGUACGCCUUUAUCGGUGGUUCAUUUCAUGCCUAACUACAAUUGCCGGAUCUGCAGUUCGUUCCGCAAGAUUAAAGUUGCAAAUUAAUCGAUGUGUAGGAAGGGUGAUCGUACAUUUCCUUUACUGCAUCAUUGCUAUCAGCAUAAUCUGUUAAUUCUCUGCUCACACUACCCCCAUCAUACCCUCCAUAACCAGCGAAAUGGCAUCCCACUCAACUUCUCACCCCUCCACCAGCAUCCCUCACCCUAUUCCUAUCACCGCCUCGAAAUCGAAUCUUCGCCUUAUUCCCUGUGAUCCACUGACGGAUGGUCCAGCUAUCCUCGCUCAACAAGUUGCCGCUUUCAGUAACCCUCAUGAACCAUUCUUUUUUGUCUUAUUUCCCGAAACGGAAGAAAGGGAAAAGGCAGUCAAAAGAUUAGUUGAUAAUUGGGUAGGAGAUGAGAGAGCAAAGUAUGUGAAGGUUGUUGAUGGGGAUGUUGAUCAAGGGACCCUCAUAAGUGCAGCCAAAUGGCUCAUAAAUACAGAACCAUUGAGUGAGGAACAGAAGAGGGAACGUAUUUCUGUUGACUGGCACGCAGAUCAAGAUUCAAAUGAAUGGGCUGAGUAUCUAAUAAAUUGGAUCCAUCAACAUCAAAUCAGUCGAACGAAAGGCGAGCCUUGCGUCAUUCUUGACAUCUUAACCACGUACCCUUCUUACCAGCGUCUGGGCGCCGGUACCCUGUUGAUGCGAUAUGGUAUUGUCAUAGCCGAUUCCCUCGGUUUACCAGCGUAUAUUGAGGGGACAGUCAUUGCAAAACACUUGUAUGAAAGCCAUGGGUUUAAGGCGGUGCCUGAUAAGUAUAUUGAGGUUGAUGUGCCGGAGAAGUGGAGGGAGAGAAAGGAAAGGCCUAAGAUUGAGUUCUUCUUUUAUGAAAGACCAAGGAGUAGGGAGAAGUCGUGAUCAAGAUAACUGUGGGUAGGGGGCAAUAGGAAGUAGUUAACAAGAUGCGGAUUUAAAAAGUCAGUCUGUAUUAGCAUACGGAUAAUAUGUGAAUGGGUGGAUCACUGUUUUGAUGAUUCUUGAAGUUUAUCAGUAUUCAUUGGAUCUAGAUCAUUUCGCUCAACUUCUAAAGAAGUGGGACCCGUCAGUUGCAAUUGUGAUCUUGCUAGUUAUCCAC